AAUGUCGGGUACUGUCACGUGGGUUAACACGCUCCUUUAUAUGCAGGCCUGAUAUCAACUUCGAGUCCUCUUAGAAAUCAAUGGCUAGUUCAGGAGGCUUGUUGUGCAUAUGGAAUAAGAACAGUUUUGCUAGAUAGAGUGUGAAAGAGGGUAGUGGUUUCAUUGGGAUAUCUGGUGAAUGGGGUCAUGAGAAGCUAAAGUGCAACUUUGUCAAUGUGUAUGCUCCGUGUGAUAGACAGACGAAGGCCUCGUUGUGGGUGGAGCUAGGUGGUUUAAUAUUAGCUGACAGUGGUAGAUGGCUUUUAACAGAUGGCUUUUAGCAGGGGAUUUUAAUUUAGUUUGAAAUUUGGUAGAAGAAAGGGGUUGAAUGGGAGAAACUAAGGAUAUGGAUGAUUUUAAUCAAUUUGUUGAAGAUAAUGGGUUAAUUGAUGUCAACUUGUUGAAUAGGAAGUUUACAUGGUACACGACUAAUGGAACUUCCAUGAGUAGUCUUGAUAGAUUUUUGUUGUCUAUAUAGAUGAGUUUAUUGAGCACUGGGUGGAUUCAAGUUGGAGUUAGAAGGUCAAUUUCAGAUCACUGUGCACUUAUUUUGAACUCAAGAAAUACAUAUUGGGGUCCAAAACGUUUUCGAGCAAUUGAUGCAUGGCACCAACACCCAGAUUUUCAUGGUUUUGUGGAGGAUAGAUGGAGAGAGAUGCAAAUUGAAGGCUGGGCAGGUUACAAAUGUCAACAGAAAUUGAAGUUAUUAAAGGAGGAUCUUAAAAGAUGGAAUAAGGGGGCUUUUGGUAAUGUGGAGGCUCAGGUUGAUAAAUUGUCGAAGCAGAUUGAAAUGUUGGACAAAAAAAGUGAGGAGGUAGAGUUGAAUGAGAUUGAGUUGACAAUUAGAAGAGAAUGUUUUCAGGAGAUGUGAGAUAUUUUAAGGAAGAGGGAAGCGGUAUGGAAACAGAAAUCAAGGAAUACUUGGGUUUGUCUUGGGGAUGCUAAUACCCAUUUCUUUCAUAGGAGUGUUCAGGCUAGGAGAGCACAGAAUACAAUAUCAGGUGUCUUAGGUGAAGGUGGGUGGAUUGAAAAGUGAGAGUUGGUUAAAAUGGAGGCUGUACGGUAUUUCAGUGAAUUGUUUCAGAAGGAUCAGUGGAACCGUCCAUUAAUGGGGGGAUUCAGUUAAACAGAAUAUCAGUGGAAAAACGGGAGUAGCUGGGAAGGCUUUUUUCCAUUGAAGAAAGAAAAGAUGGUCUCAAGAGUUGUGAUGGGUCAAAGGCACAAGGUCUGGAUGAUUUUAAUUUUAAUUUUAUAAAGUUUAUAUGGAGCACUUUGAAGAAUGAUUUUGUGGUUUUUUUAAAGGACUUUCAUCAAUAUGGAAGGUUAGUGUGUGGUUUAAAUUCUUCAUUUUUAGCAUUAAUAUCGAAGAAAUUAAAUCUUGUACAUUUCAAGGAGUUUCAACCUAUUUGUUUGAUUGGGUGUUUGUAUAAACCAUUGGCUAAAGUAUUGGCCAAUCGAUUGAAGACUAUAAUGGCAAAUUUAAUUAAUGAUUCACAAUCAG